UGAAUACACUAAGAGAAUGGCAUCGUCGUAUUUAUUAUCAGAUUACCAAAUCUGGCGCACUGGGCACGCAGGUACAACUGAUGGGUACGUUUAUGGAAUAGAAGCUUCGGACAAGGACGUGCGGUCAUAAGUUUAAGCUGCUCAUUAUUCUCGGAAUAAACAAUUCUACCUAGUUUGCCUACUGCGAGUCGCGUAAGGUUUUGCCUUUUCAAAGGCUCCAAAUCGAAUUCAGAGAGCCGUUCUCAGUGACUAACAACUCCCACCGAUAUCCGGUUGCCGAUAGGCUCACGCCCGGCGCUCGUCUACCGGCCGUUCAUUCGUUUCAUUCACCCUGAACGUGCCCUCUGAAAGUCCCAAUGCAUGUGACCCUAGGCGAUCUGCCGCCUGAGAUCUUACUCCUCAUAAUCGCAUACACACUCGCCAGUGGAUCCAUCCCAAGCAACAUCCUGUGCGUUAACCAUCAGUUCCGCAGCGCCGGCGUGGAAUGGCUUUAUAGGAACUUGUGCUUUCGCUCUUCAGAGCAGCUAAGGCUUUUUGCACAGACAGGCGAUAAUGCGGGGGUGGUGCUGCGCUCAGUGACAGUCGACUUGACAGGCAAGUUUGCGAGAUCAGAUGUCUGGCAGCAUCUUCGCGAAGCGUUGUGCAGGUGUCGCGAUCGUACUGAGAAACUGGGGCUGGGGCAGAAGCAGAUCCUAUUGGAGGCUCUUUGCCUGAGACUCCAUUCAUACGCGCGGGAUACCAGCCACCAUGUGUUCGAGGAGGCACUGUCUGUUGCCAAUCCCCGAGUAUUUCGGUGGACCGGACCCGAUCCAGAUCACCACUUCUCCACUGCAAUUGUCGCGCCUGUAGCAAGCCGCCUAUGUAGAAUAUUUGGCACCUGGUCAAACAUUCAAGAUAUCACGGUCACCAACAUCACCUUCUCCGUUGACCCGGACAAUUCGGUGCCAUUACUCCCAGAGAUUCCCGGUCUUCGCACUCUCUAUGUGGGUCAGGCGACAUUCCUGAGUGCAGGGUCUGUUGCAGCAAUUUUCUGUAUCAAUAGAAUGCCGAGCCUGGAGAGGGUGAGACUAGUGGAUACCUACUGUGAGAGUAUCUGGGGCUCCAGAAUUCGAAGGUCGGAUAUCGAGAAGGCAGCCCAAAUCAUUAUGCUUCCUCAAGAUGAGGUACAGUACGGAUGUGUACUUUUACGCAUUCGGAAGCUACUUACAUGCGAGAAGAAGACGGAGCGCAUCAUUGGAGGGGAUCGGGUGGAAGGUAGUAUCUUUCUGGUUUGAGCGCACCGAUGUAGAGGUAGAAAUAGAAAUACACGCAGACAGAAGGAGACGGCGAUAGUACAUUGCAGUACACAUUGCCAGGGAGAACAUUAUAUCUCGACUUCUCGAAUACCGUCUUUGUCAACUACUUUGACCUUGUAUUUGCCUGGAUUAACCACCAGACGCUUCGACACCUCGUUGAUGCAACGUUUCAGGGUGGCAAGACCCUCUUCCAGGGAUGCUUCUGGAUCAUGGUAACUAUGUAAGAGUGGUCAGCGCACCAUUACACUAAGUAGCAAGAGAGAAGGAAC